ACUGGCGCGCGCCGCGCUGAUUGACAGGCAAGAUGUCGGUGUGGGAGCCAGGCAGAAGGGGAUGCAGCAGCCAGCACGGGAGCCAGGCAGCAGCAUCAGCAUCAGAGCAGGAGGCAAUGCAGGCAGCAUCUUGGAGGAGCCUUUAAUGCACACCGCCCCCCUCCCCCCCACCAUCCCCACCGCCACAGCCUCCGGCGCCAGGUGGGCAAUGCAAGCCCCUCACUGCAAGGGGCAAACCCGGAUCUCACCCUCCGUGAGCAGAAAGAAACUGCCACCCAAAAUUCUGCACGGAGCUGGCGUGUAAACAGAGAGGCGCCCCGGUCGCUGCCGCUGCCGCCGCCACCGGCUCCUGAGUGCACACACACAGCAUCAGCACCACUACCUGGGGUGUCAGCAUCUCUCCGGCGCGCUCUCCCCCCACCCCUUCGGAGGAGGCACUCGUAGGGGAGAGGACACUCGAAUGGAGGCUGCUUGACACACAGUCUGAUCCACUCUUGCUAUUUAUUUAUUUAUUUAUUUAUUUAUUUGAUUUGGGAGGGGAGGGGGGGGCUUGUUGUCUCCAGUGGAAAGAUGCUGGCUCCCUUCACAUUGCAUUGUUGAGGGGUGGGGGUGGGGAGGAGGAGGUGGGGGUGGUUGGGGGGGGAGUGGGACACCACCAUCCCUUUGAUCUGGGAGGAGGAGGAGGAGGAGGGGGCUGCAAAGCGAGCUAUGGAUGAGGAAAACAUGACGAAAAGCGAAGAGCAGCAGCAUCUGAGUUUGCAGAAAGCCUUGCAGCAGUGCGAGCUGGUCCAGAACAUGAUCGAUAUCAGCAUCUCCAACCUGGAGGGGCUCCGGACCAAAUGUGCCACUUCCAACGACCUGACGCAAAAAGAGAUCAGAACCCUAGAGAGCAAGCUGGUCAAGUACUUCAGCCGCCAGCUCUCGUGCAAGAGGAAGGUGGCCCUGCAGGAGCGCAAUGCCAAGCUGGAGGGCUUCCCUCAGCUCCUGCACUGGUUCCGCAUCGUGGACAUCCGCAAGGAGGUCAUGGAGGAAAUCACCCCUGGCCAGCUGAGCCUGGAGGACCUUCUGGAAAUGACUGAUGACCAGGUCUGUGAGACGGUGGAGAAGUUUGGGGCCAACAGCGAGGAGUGCGCCCGGCUGAACGCCUCCCUCUCCUGUCUCAGGAGCGUCCACAAAUCAGGAGGCAGCCUUUCCAAGCAAGACUGGACCAUCCAGUGGCCGACGCCAGAAACGGGGAAGGAGAACACCCCCGUGUGUCAGCCCGAAUCCAUGCAGUGGAUCAGAACGCACCUUUCCCAGAGCCCCAAAGUGCAGGCCAAGUGCAUGCAGCGCUACUGUCACCCGGGUUCGGCCCACGGGCCGACAUACGCCCACGUGGAGAGACUGACUGUGGAGGGCUAUCCCGGGCUGUGCCCCCCGCUGGAAGCCGGCCACCGCUCCUUGCCGCCAUCCCCCCGGCAACGGCACCCUGUUCACACCCCCCCACGGACGCCUAACAUAGUCACCACCAUGACUCCUCCCGGCACGCCACCAGUGAGGCGGAGAAACAAGCUGAAACCUCCGGGGACGCCGCCCCCGUCAUCCCGGAAACUGAUUCACCUCAUCCCCGGCUUCACGGCCUUGCACCGGAGCAAGUCGCACGAGUUCCAGCUGGGCCAUCGAGUGGACGAGGCGCACACGCCCAAAACAAAGAAAAAGAACAAGCCCCUGAACUUAAAGAUUCACAACAGUGUGGGAAGCUGUGAGAACAUCCCCUCCCAGCGCUCUCCCCUCCUAUCCGAGCGCUCCCUGCGUUCCUUCUUUGUGGGACACCAGCCUUGCGUUCCUUCCACUCCUCCUGUCCACAUGGAAGCCACCUUCUCAGCAAAUACGCUGUCAGUGCCUCGCUGGUCCCCACAGAUUCCCCGCCGUGAUCUAGGAAACUCAAUCAAACACAGAUUUUCCACCAAGUAUUGGAUGUCUCAGACAUGCACCGUCUGUGGGAAAGGAAUGUUGUUUGGAUUAAAAUGUAAAAACUGCAAGCUAAAGUGCCACAACAAAUGCACCAAAGAGGCCCCACCCUGUCACAUACUGAUCAUCCACCGUGGAGGGAGACGAGCUGUCCGAUGCGAGGCAGAUUUGCAUUCCAAACCACUUCCACCCACCCUCCCCCUGCCACCUUUUCUUUUCAGAUUCCCCACAACGCGGGCAAGAUUAGUCCGGACAGAAUCUGUGCCGUGUGACAUCAACAAUCCUUUACGAAAGCCCCCCAGGUAUUCCGACCUGCACGUCAGCCAGACCCUUCCCAAAACCAACAAAAUCAGCAAGGACCAUAUUCCGGUGCCCUAUCAGCCAGAUUCCAGCAGCAACCCCUCCUCAACGACAUCCUCCACCCCCUCCUCGCCGGCCCCACCGUUACCGCCCAGCGCGACGCCGCCAUCUCCCCUCCACCCCUCCCCGCAGUGCACGCGGCAGCAGAAGCAGUUCAACUUGCCAGCUUCCCACUACUACAAGUACAAACAGCAGUUCAUUUUCCCAGAUGUUGUGCCUGAGACACCGACCCGAGCACCUCAAGUUAUCCUUCACCCAGUGAAUUCUAAUCCAAUCCUUGAAGGAAAUCCAUUGCUUCAAAUUGAAGUGGAGCCAACGUCUGAGAACGAGGAGGGGAAUGACGAGGCCGAAGAGUCUGAGGAUGACUUCGAGGAGAUGAACCUGUCCCUCCUCUCCGCUCGCCACUUCCCACGCAAGGCCAGCCAGACCAGCAUCUUCCUCCAGGAGUGGGACAUCCCCUUCGAGCAGCUGGAGAUCGGAGAGCUGAUCGGCAAAGGCCGCUUCGGCCAAGUGUUCCAUGGUCGCUGGCACGGCGAGGUGGCCAUACGCCUCAUCGACAUCGAGAGGGACAACGAGGACCAGCUGAAGGCCUUCAAGCGGGAGGUGAUGGCCUACAGGCAGACGCGGCACGAGAACGUGGUGCUGUUCAUGGGGGCCUGCAUGAGCCCUCCCCACCUCGCCAUCAUCACUAGUUUGUGUAAAGGACGGACGCUCUACUCGGUGGUGAGAGAUGCAAAAAUUGUCCUGGAUGUCAACAAAACGAGGCAGAUAGCUCAAGAGAUUGUGAAGGGAAUGGGGUACCUGCACGCGAAGGGGAUCCUUCACAAAGACCUCAAGUCUAAAAAUAUUUUCUAUGACAACGGGAAGGUGGUGAUCACGGACUUUGGGCUCUUCAGAAUAUCGGGUGUUCUGCAAGCAGGCAGGAGGGAGAAUAAGCUGCGGAUCCAGAAUGGCUGGCUGUGCCACCUGGCCCCGGAAAUCAUCCGCCAGCUCUCGCCUGACACGGAAGAGGACAAGCUGCCCUUCUCCAAGCCCUCAGACGUUUUUGCACUUGGCACUAUCUGGUAUGAGCUGCAUGCGCGGGAGUGGCCUUUCAAGACGCAACCGGCAGAGGCAAUAAUAUGGCAAGUGGGAAGAGGGAUGAAGCCCAACCUCAGCCAGAUCGGCAUGGGCAAAGAGAUAUCGGACAUCCUUCUCUUCUGCUGGGCGUAUGAACAAGAGGAGAGACCCACCUUCACCAAGCUCAUGGAGAUGCUGGAGAAACUGCCAAAGCGGAACCGUCGCCUUUCGCACCCCGGGCACUUCUGGAAGUCGGCAGAGCUGUGACAGACGGAGUUAAGGGACGGUGCCUUUCUCAUCCCUUCAGUCCUCCUCCUCCCCUUCCUCUCUCUUUCCUCCAUGCACUAAGGAAGACCAGAGGGUACCAUGGACUGGGAGCAUGGAAGGAAUAAAGACACUUCCUGCUGAUUCUCUCCCUGUCCCCAGAUGCUUACUCACUCUCCAGAAUAACCAGCCAGCUUUGGACAGGAGGAACACAGAAUAAACAGCCAGGAUUGGACAGGAGGAACGCAGAAUUCCCAACGGUGGUCUUGAAGGGAUCCUAGAGGGAAAUGUCUGGAGAGAGAACAGGUUGGAAAGAACAACCACCAAGCGCUGUAUAGACUUGUCAUGGAGUCCCCCUCCACUCCAGCAAAGGCCGUGAGUGAGGGGGCUGUGAGAGUGUGUGUGUGUGUAAUUGAUCUUUUGAGAUUUUUCUUCUGGUUCAUACUGAGCGGGAAGCAACCAGCUUCAGUUGAGCACUGUGGCUUCUGAGACCCCAAUCAGCUGUUCAGUGCGAAUGUGGGGAAUUUGGGGGUUGUUUUCUUCUUUUUUUUAAAGAGGAAUCUUGCUGCUCCAUCAGUUUAUCACUGGAGACUGUGCCUGCUCGGUGGGGAGGGGGGAUUUUUCACUGCUAUCAGCUGACUCCUGCAGGGAAACGUGUCUGCAGAGACAGUUAUGAGAGCCCUGCUCCAACACUGCUCUGCAGAACCUUGAUAAACACCUUUCACCUUUCACAAGUGGCUUCUCUACCUCCCACCCACACUCAUUCACUCUCAUCCUGUCUCUCUCUGCCUCUCCGCAUGGCACAGAUCCAAAUUCAUAUUCAUUUUAACAUUUUGCGCUGUCUUGAAUCUAACCAGCAAAUCUUCCUUUCUUUGCUCCCCAGUGCUGCAGCUUUCCCACUUGUGCCCUCCACCCUCUCCCUGUUUGCCCAUGUUAUACAUGCAGGGGGGUCUGGUUUUCAGGCACAUUGUGCACUGCUGAGCAGAUGCACCCAUGCAAAUUGAGGUUCAAGUCCAUGCCUGGACCACACACACACACACAAAGUAGGGCUUUGCAGUCAGGCAUCUAGCAGGGCAUUGGGAAAAUGUGUGCUGGCGUGAGGUCUGAAAACAGACCCCAGCAUGCAGAGUGCAUGUGUGUCUGGAUUUUAGAGAGACACAGACAAUAGUCUGAAAAUUUAUGCGAACAAGCCUAUGAAACCCUCACAUGUCAGUGCAUAAACUGAGCGCUAAUUUCCUUUGGUUAGAAGGGACUUUCCUUGUGGACAAACCAUUCCACAGUUGUCCACCGUGGUUUCUUGCAUCUUUUUCUGAAACAUCGGGCCCUGGCCACUGUCUGACACUGUCUGACUAGAUGGACCACAGGUCUGAUGCAGUAUGGCUAUUCCUGUGUUCCUGUCGUGUUUUUCCCCCCAAUGUAUUUCUUUGGUGGACUGGAUGGUUUAGCGGGUUAGUAAUGGAAUAGAAGUUUUCACCUCUAGGCCACCUGUUGCAAUCCAGACUGGGCUAGUAGUAGGGUGCCAAUCCUCCAAGAUUGGCCUGGAGUCUCCAGGAAUUAAAGAUUAAAUUUUAAUUAAAGAUUAUGUCAUGUGAUGAAAUCUCCAGGAAUAUAUCCAACCAAAACAGGCCACCCUAGCUAGUAGUGACCAAAAAUCACCCCCAGCUGAUGGCUGCUUGAUGGCCUAUGUACAAUGAGCUGGUAAUCUCAGUUAAGAUUGUAAAGACACAAGCUGCAGCCUUGUUUGCAGACACAGCAGCUAGGCCCAGGGUUUGAACAACUCUCUAAACCCUUGGAGCGAAUCCCUCCGAGUCAGGGUUGAAGCUCCUUGGUGUGCGAUGCUCAUAGAGCACCUGUUCUCAAGUUAGCUAGAAAGCUUCCCUUCCCCGGCUGUGAGUCCUGGAUUUUUCACAGAGAUCACAGCUAUUUGUCUGCAACGUUCGCUUCUGCCAUCACCUGGGUUCUCUCUGUACCUGCCAGGGAGCGAGAUGUGUGGCCUGGAUCGUUAUCCAUUUUUCUGUACAUUCCUUUCCUCUUACUCUGCGCUCUCUGAAGAGCUGCUUCAUGGUCAGCAUCUUAGUGCUCCUGUUUCCACUGGAGUACCACAUACCAGUGUUGCUGAAUCAGUCAGUUUGGAUGGGGCCUUGAGCCCAUUACACUAGAUAUCAAGUGACAGAUGAGAGCAAAUUGCAUUUUCAGGCCUUUAUUAAACAUAAUUACUUGACAGGAACCAUCCUGAAUCAUUUAAUUGUGGUAUAAAUUAGCUUUAAUGGGGAGGCGUUACAGGGCUCUGAAAACUAACCCAGUUCUGUUUUAUUUCCACGAAUUACUUUAACCCACUUUUCUUUAUAUUGUAACUGGUUUAACCUAAAUAAAUGAUGGUUAAAAACUUACUCAAAACAUUACAUCUUGGGGGGAAAUUCCUUUGAUUGUGAGACCAUACAACAAAGUGGGCUUGUUCUAUUAAAUUUGUGUGUGUGUGUGUGUGUGUGUGUCCUAAAACUUAGAGAUGGGCACAGUAUGUAGGGAUUGAUUCUGGAUCCCAACUUCCUCUAAGUUCAGUACUGUUUGAAUGCAGGGCAUUUUGCUCAGGCUUGUUUCUAAUGCUUUAUGGAGGAGAGUUUCAAAAUCACUCAGCACUGGACUAACUGUGCUCCCAGUGAAGUCAAGUAAGUGGGAGGUAGUGUGGCCUAGUGGAUAGAUUUGCUGGACUGGGAGUGCGGAGACCUAGGUUCUAUGCCUGGCUCUGCAAGUCCUGCUUGGUGACCUUGGGCAAAUCAUUUCCCGCUCAGUGCCUCAGUUUCCCCAUCUAUGAAAUGAUGGAUCUAUGAUGAUUCUGAACUCCUUUGUAAAGUGCUUUGAGAUCUACUGAUGACAAGUGUUGUUGUUAAAGCAUUUCACUGUUGACUUCAAUGGGAACAGAAUACCUUCUACCAGCUUUACCAUGCAUAGUCGCACUCUGUCCUGCACUGACUAGGAGUUGUCUGUGAAUGGCCAAAGGGUCAAAUCUGCCUUUGCUAUACCUCUGUACUGCAAAUGGAGUGAGCCAGGGCAGCAUUUAGCCCUCUGGAUGUGAGUUACACACCAUGCUAGGCAGCCGCACAGACUGUCCGUCCCUUAAGGCUGAUGAGUCUGCAGCUCACUGCUGGGUUGCUUUGCUGUCACCCUAAAACCCACAGAAGAAAUAAGUGGGUUCUGUCUUCUCUCUCGGUCGAGAGGUCGCCAUGUGAUCAUGGCUGGGCGCAGUAGCUUCUGUUCCUUGUUCCUCUCCCGUUUCUCACCUCCUAGCAUGCAGCAGCAGCUUCAUUACACCCAGGGUAGCAAGAGAGCUGUUUUCUCUCAGCCUUGCUUUCUUCACCCCUUUCUCUCUCCCACUUUCCUUGUCCCUUCUUGUGCUGCUCUCCCUUAUCCCCCCAUCUCUGCAGUCCUCCGUUUAUGUGCGUGCAUCAUGUGCCAUAAAUGUCAUUGCACUAAUCCUUGGAGUCUCUCUAAGGAGUUUUCCCCAAUGCCGUCUCUGUCUCGGGGUGGAAAAUGCAGUCCCUCAAGACUGCGGGAGCAGAGGGGAAGGUUCUUUCCGAUCCUUGCUGCAGGGAAAGGCGAUGGGUUUGGACUUGUCCAUCACUCCGUCCCCUGCUUCCCUUCCACUCAGUACCUGAAUUCGGUUCUGGGUUGCUGUCUGUGCAUGUGGGACGGGUGGAUGGAGCUGCUUGUGCGUGUCUGGGGGAGGAGAGGGGAAAGUGCUUGGAGGUUUUUGUUGAGUUUACAUAUCUGAGCACAGAGGGGGAGAAAUUAUAUGUUAGUGUCUUGUCUUUAUUGACUUUUUUUUUUAAUGAUGGUUUUGUUUGUAGAGUAAUGGCGCAAAUAGAUUGUUUUGUGCACAAACCAAGAGGUGGUGGGUUCCCUGGACUCCACGUGGUAAUAGACACAGUGGCAUGCGUGCUUUUCUGACCCUAAAAGAAAAAAGUACGGUGAUGCACACAGUGCGUUGUGGUGAAGAGUAAGUAACUCUCUACCCAACCUCAAGCUAAAGGUAUCUCAACUUCUCUGAUACUGCCUUCAUAGUCAGUCACAGAACAUUUCCCACGGUGCUUUGAAAGUUCAUAAGCAGUCCCUGUAUCUAAUUUUGUGUUAUCUGCCCUGCCCCCUUCUGGUGGAAUGGAGUGGUGCAGCGACUCCUCCUCUUUCAUAUGUUGAGUGGAUUGUCAUGUUUGAGAAAGGUGCGUUUAUUUAUACCCUAUUGCCUGAAGGACUCUGUUUAGCUACCUGGCUAGGUGCAGCAUGGGCUGCAAAAGUUCAUUGCCUCCACCAGUGUGCCUCAGCCUUUGCAAUGGGCAUGGCAGGUUGAUCUCUGUGCCCACUCAUUGCUCAGCCUUUCUUCUGAGAGCCAACACAGGUGCCAGUUGUGGGAGAGGGGUGCCAGCUCCCUAGGUAGGUGGGCUGACAUCACCUUUCGCAGCAGCAGCCAAAGCAGCUUUAGAUGGCAAUGGCUAUAGUUGGCAAGGACUUUCAGCCACUGCUGACUUGGUGACCCUGGAAGUUGACAAGGACCUUUACAUGGGUCGGGUGCUAACCAAUCCCCAAAUAUGCUGCUUCUGGUGGUGACUGCCAACUCGCCCCUUUGCAGCAGACGAUUGCCAUGCAGCUUUGCUCCAGGUCUGGUUCACCCUGAGAGAAUGCUGAUUCCAUUCAUCUAUUGUCACCCAGGUUUUGGGCAUGUACAAUGGUUGUCAUUAGAAAAGUCAACGGUGGUACCUGACAAAGCUCCAUUUUAACUCUGUAUAUGGAACAGGAGAUAACCGUGAUGUCCCAGGUUCAUGCGUGUUAACCCAGCAUGCUCCUCUAUAGGCACGCCUCUCGCCAGAGGAGUGCCUUGCAAACUUGAGGAGCUGUGACAGCAGAGGAAAGAUCUGGUAUCACUAAUAUUUUCACUGUAACUUGAAAGAGGGAGCCAAGCUAAAUUUCUGGCUGUGUCAUUAGCUGUUCCAUGGCGCGUGUAGGGGGAAAGGAUUGAUUAUAUUGUAAUGACAGCCCGUGUUUUCUGUUAGACGGGAGGCUGUACUGGCAGCACAGGAUUUAAUGGAUGGGACGCAUCCAUUCCUCUCCUCUGUCUCAGAUUAUUUAUGCCCCCUAUCAUGCUGUUCAGCUGCCUCCUAGAUCAUUGGGAAAGCUAAUCUGGAAUCCAGCUUCAGAAAUCAGAGUCUGCCCAGAAAGGCCAUUUUGUUCCUAUUAAACCAUUUUAAUUUAAAAUUUGAUGGGACUUCAGAGCCCAAGAAUUAACCAAUGGAACAGGCCAGAGAGAUAUAAUAGUUGGAGGGACUAUGGACCAAACUCUGUCUUGACAUUAGGGAAUGCAACUUUCCUUGGCAUCAACAGGAGUUGUGCUCGCUUAUGCAAGAGCUCAGUUUGGCCCUGUGUGUACAAUGUGCUGCUGGGUGGAGAGAUGCAGAGGUGCAGCAAUUGUCCUGAGGACUCCUGCACUUGAGUGACUUCCUGAAGAAACGUCUCAACGCCUUUAGCCACUUGCCUACAAGAAUUUCACCAUAAUGCAGCAGACCCCUCAUCUGUUUUAUCAGCCGGCUGAGACCUGAGCAAAUGAACCGUUCAGAUGGUAAUUGGCUAGAGGAAGGGCAGGUUUGUUCAUACAUUAGCUCCAACGUCUAUGUAAAAGGCUUGCACCCUGAGGAGCUCACUACAAUCACAUGAUAGCGAGCCAGAAGAGUCAAGUUUCUUGUAGCAUAUUUUGGGAUGGAAGAUGAGGAACCUGUGGGUGGCCAUGUACCUAGCCAUUCUUCUUUUCUGCAGGGAGCCUACCCUGUUACUCUCUUCCCAUCCUGUCCUCAAAGGCAGUUCAGAUAGGAGACCAAAAUGGAAUGUGUUUUAUGCAAAAUAAAGUUCUAUAUCAAAGACAACCCUAGAUCAAGUACAUAAAAGAUUGUUACAAGGAGGAGGGAGAGGAAUUGUUCUUCUCAACCUCUGAGGAUAGCACAAGAAGGAAUGGGCUUAAAUUGCAGCAAGGGAGGUUUAGGUUGGACAUUAGGAAAAACUUCCCAACUGUCAGGUUGGUUAAGCAUGGGAAUAAAUUGCCUAGGGAGGUUGUAGAAUCUCCAUCAUUGGAGAUUUUUAAGAGCAAACACCGGUCAGGGAUGGUCUAGGUAAUUGUUAGUCCUGCCUUGAGUGCAGGGGACUGGACUAGAUGACCUCUCAAGGUCCCUUCCGGUCCCAUGAUUCUAUGAUCAGCAUCUAGUUUGAGUGGAAAUGUGCCCAUGCGCCCACCCUCUAAUUUGGACUUUGGAAAGCCCCUGAAUGGCUUGUCAAACUGUGGCUAGAUAACAUCUGGUUUGCACAUGUCACUUAUUAGGAUGGAAGGCAUGGAUCUUUCCAGUAGCACUAGAUUUUGCAUUCAUUAGGGUGAGGGGAGCAGGGUAUGAAGCCAUCAAAAGCUCAUUAGAGAAGUUCUGUUUGCUCUGUGCUUACCCUAGUUUAACAGACCAUUAUUCAGCUAAACGACUGCAGCUUCCUCCCCAGUUUGUGGGCUGUCCCCAAAGACAUAUACACUUAAGGUGUACAUCAAAAUUAACCAGUCUGCCUGUCUUCUUCCAGUUGAACGGUUGAACUAGAGGCUUGGGAGAAUGCUGCCUUCUGACCUGGCUGCCUGUAAGGUGUGUUGUCAUUCACUGACCAUGCCAGCGAGCAUCGUGCCUGGCCCUGGUCUAGGAAGACUGAGGGCACUAAGUGAGCUGAUAGGCCUUGUCCAUCUCUGCUUUCUACUGCUGUGAAAAAUCGGAAUCCCGUUAUGUGCCCCCACGUCUUCCGUCCCAAACUUGGCAGGCCCGGAUAAAAUGUGAUGUACUGAAAACACCCCACUCCUGUCCCCCAUUUCUGUUUUGAGAGAGGCUACAGCGAAAAAGUCCAGUUCCCCCUCUGUGGGCCAGUGUGUUUGCACAGAUUAAAUGAGGUUGCUGGGAGAUUAACGCCAGAUUCAGGGUGUAUUAACAGAGAGGAGUGAAUAAUCCAGCCAGAAAAUCAAUGUUAGCCUCUUUCUGCUCUCACAGUGGGUCUGCUCGGAAGACCAAACCUCACCUUUUUGAACAUUCUGAGAGCAGGUAGGUGCACCAUGGACUCUCCUUUUGAUGGAUGGGAAGUCAUUGUGCCCCUAUCCCUAAAGCAGGGUGCUACCGAGAAGAGUUCCCCAGGGGCACCAUGACCUAAGCACAGGGACAGUCUCUUUUUGGCUCUACAGGAGCAACAGGGCUCUUCUUAUCAUGCGUUCUCUGGCCAUUGCUGCCCAAGCAUCUGGGCACUUCAAAUCUUGAUGAUACUUCUUAAUAAACGUCCCUUGCACUCUGCAACAAAAAUAUCUCCAGUUGUUUCCUCCAUAUCUUUCCUGCUUUUUUCCCUCGUGAUAACGUCUCACCCGGGCCAUGAGCAGCGAAGGCUGUUGCACAAUAGUGUAGAUGAAAAAAUAGCUGCCCUGUAUUUAUCAUAAAUUAGCUCCGAAGAGCAGCGUCUUUCCUCCAUUCAGCCCAGCAACAAUUGUUUAUGCAAACGUGUUAUUUGCAUCAUGCUUUCUUAUUUUUGAAAGUCUUAAUUAUUAAAAAACAACUCUUUUUUUUUUUUUCAUUCUUUGUUUUUUAAUCCCAGCUUUGUGUAUCAUUUUUUUUUCCGGUUUAAAAAUAUCCAGCCCGUCAGCGCGGAGAGAAUGUAGGAGAAAAUCUCCACAAUGCCAUGUAAUAGGAGAUCCGAAGGAGCAAGGAAGUUCAUCCGGUUGCUCAGUUUAGCUGUGCAGGCUCUGGUGGAGACAUGGGUUAUUUACAGAAGUGUCUUGUGACUGCAGAGUGGCGAUGAGCCCAAAAUAAACCCCAGAUCCAGUUCACAACUUCAGACCACCUUUUUAGGGAGCCAUAUCAAAGUAGGCUAAGAUUUAGGAAGGUUCCGAUCUGGAUUUUGCAGCCCCAAGUUCAGGAGUGUUCUGGUGUGAAGUUUAAUUUCAGUCCAUUUUCGAGAGAUGGGUCUGAAUGCUCUGUUACGCUAAGAGCCCUGUACACUGCUCUGGCAAUGUUAAGUUGUCAGUUACAUUCUAAGAACUCCAGCCAGGAAAUUCAGGUCAGGAGAGAUCUGAGUUUGGGUCCCACCUUUUGACAGCACAUUUCAGGGAUGGGCAAAUGGCAUCAAAUGUAGUAAGAACUCAUCUGAAAUCUUCCCUAAAUAUGAACUGAAACGUGGGUCAUUGCAGGGGGAAUUUCCAUGAUCUCUUUUGGAUGUGGGGUACGAGACUGCAGUGGGAUCUUGUACGUUGGUUUUGCCAGCCACAGUCACUGCAUGAUACAGACCUGGCUGACCCCAGAAGAUGUUUGCAAAGGCAGAAUAGAAAAGUGGCAGUCGUAACGCUUUAUAAACAAACAACGCAAUGCUCUGGCUCACCAAAAAAGCAGUUUGUUUUGUUUUCUUCAGCCCAUCUUGCAACAAACGGGGGAAAAAAGUAUAAUGUGAGUUGAAGUAACUAUAUUCUUUCACUUUCCUGAGUACUAAAAUUUCACCAGUAUUUAGGGAGAAACCAACCUCUUUUCCUAACAAUACCCUCCAUAAUCAAUCCAUCAAUCAACAUCUUGCAUGUGACUAAGCAGGAAUUGCGGUCAACCUUGUCUGAUUAUUUGUUCUCUUGAAAGUAGCACAAAGUUAAAAUAGAUUUCCAAGACUUCCCCAUUUUGGGGCAAUCUUCCAGUUCACAGGAGAGGUUCCCUAAAAAACCCAUGAUCAUCCUGGUGCUCUAAUUUGAAAAAAUAAUAAAAUAUCCUUUUGGUAUAGAAUUUUCUCUUACAUGACUACCCUGGCUAUUGGGUGACCCCCCCCCCCCCCCAGACAGUAUUUUCAAUAGUGGUUUUUUAAUUAAAAAAAAAAAAAAAAAAAAAAGCCAGAGCUCCACUUCCAGUAUGUAUGUUUUGGCUAUUAGGUGCCACAGUUCCAGUUCUGAACAGCAGCUCCUCACUUCUCAGUGGGAAUCUUUCUUUAAGAAGAGAAUUCAGAGGAAAGGUGACUUUUACGCUCCUUAAUGCUUAAGAUUUAAAGUGGGAGAAAAAGGAACUAGAUGAAUUAGAAAGACAGCUCUACCGUUCACGCCCAACACUGGUUAAUUUUUAAUCACCGUUUACUACAGGUACCCAGGUAUCAUGUACCACCACAAGACAUCUGGGGCAAGCAUGCAAUCGCUCCUGUGGCUGUUAUAAUCAUCUGGUGUUACUGCCGUGUUUUCCACAGGCAAUGAGGUCCCUUUUCAGAGCACCACGGAGGCAAGGAUUGAAAAGACCUUUCAGCUCAUCCGGUGCACAGCCUUGCCAGGGCAAUUCCCUAAAGCAUGUCUUCUAAUGCUAUGGUCCAGCCAUGGGUGACAAUUUCUGAGCAACAGAGCUUCCCUUGGGGAACUCUUCCAUGGUGCCCAGUAUAGACUGCAAUAGCCCAGGGAUAGUCACCAGGGCGCAGUAAAGAGGGAGGGGCUACUGCUCCCUCCUCAUGACAGAGGUGCCUUUCAGUAUAUGGCCCAAAAGUGCACUGGUCUCUCUCUUUGCUGCUAAAUCUCAUUUCAACAUCUGCUGUCCCCCACGCGCUCUCUCAGCAUUAAUGGAAGCCUUAGAUAUACCGGGCCAGAUUUACCCCUGGUGCAGCUCCUUUUGAAUCUGGGCCGUAAUCAUGGAUGAAACUCCCUGCCCCCCCCCCCCUUUUCCCCCUGGGCCAAAUUUUGCUCUAAAUUGUUCCAGUGCAACCUGCUGAGAUGCAUGGGUGUACAUGAGCCGAGGGUCUGGCCCCACUUCUUUGGCUCGCUAGUCUUUGAGCCCCAGCUGACGUGCCCCGGCAGUUGGAGAGUCUGCAUCCAGGAGCUAACGCUGCAGAUGAAUAAUGCCUGAGUGCGGCCAGCAGCUCCAGUGCUUGCUGUCUGGGUGACUGUAUGGUGACCCGGAGAGGUGUGGUGACUCAGCGGUUGGUCAGUCCCAACUGCAAAGUGAUGGUGACUCGUCUCCCCCUUCCCACCGCCCCAUUUACUGCAGCUGCUGGGAGGAAAGUUUACUUCUCGUCAGAAAGCCUUUGUACGUCCUGGCUCAGGCACAAAUGUUCUCCUCUCUCUGCACACCCUGCACUCCCAUUAGCGUUAAUAGGAACUGUGUGUGUGCAACCGGAGCACAAUAGACCCCCGAAGUGUCAUCUCAUAAACAAGACGACACCGCAAAUGGCUGCAGACUCUCGGAAUGGGUUUUACGCUCAUCGGAGCAUGGCUGGCACAGGCCCUUCUGCUCUGUUUUCUUCCCCCGGCUCUUGCUAGGGGACAGGCUUAGUAGCCUGUAACUGCUUAAGUGACAAAGUUUUGCCCAUUUAUCGCGAGGGGAUCAGCAAAUGCUGAUGCUAAGUGAUAAUAGUCACCUCAUUUGCUCUCCGGUGCUAGCUAGACAUGGGCUGUGGCAUUGCUCGUUGACUAGGCCAACUGGCAUUGGUUUGCUGGGCACACUGGAAACAAGCAGGGGAUCACUGGGUCCAUCCAACCCACUCGCUGGCCUUUGAUGCCAGCUCUAUAUUUCCGUAGCGGACGUGCCUAUGUUCUGGGGAUGUUUUUGUCAGUAGGAACCUUUUAGCCAGUUUUCCAUGGCAUUGCAGCAUGGAGAGAAAUGCACCCAGCUGGCAGUUUGGCUGUCCAUGGUCCCCCGGGUCAGUUGGAUCCCUGGGGAAUUGGCCAGAACAGCCAUAUUCAAGCCUGUUAUCAACACUUUUUCUUAUGUAAAUAUUCCUGGGCUCAAUUCUCUGCUGAUAUAACUCACAUGAUUUGUACCUGGAGGCAGCGUGGCCUAGUGGAUAGCAUGCUGGACUAGGAGCCAGGAGCUCUAGGUUCUAGUCUGGGCUCUGGCCUGCUGGAUGACCAUUUCACUGAUCUGUGCCUCGGUUUCCCCCUUUGUAAUAUGAGAGUGAUGAUACUGACCUCCUUUGGAGCUCUACAGAUGACAAGUGCUAUCGAAGAGCUGGUUAUUAUUAUUAUGUAUGUGUAUAUAUAGAAAGAGCCCUAUAUAUAUAUAUAUAUAUAUAUAUAUAUAUAUAUAUAUAUAUAUAUAUAUAUAUAUAUAUGUGUGUGUGUGUAUACACACACACACAUAUAGGGCUCUUUCUAGUUUGAUCCAGCAAGACUGUGCAUAUAAUAGGGGAAGAUGGGCGUCGCAGAGUAUACACACCCAAUUCCAUGAGUCUUCCCGAAAUAUCAGCGUGCCUUUGAAGCCAUUUUGCUGCAACAGCUUCCUACAUAAGCUGCUAGGGGCUGGGGAGGACCGGGUCAUAGCAGCACCCACUGGGGGUAGUCCAAAAGCAAUCCAGUCAGUCCUUCUGUCCCGCCCCUUCCCUCCUACUCAAAACACACACACCAGGAGUGUCGCUAGCAGUUGGAAAUGUGCACGCCCACGAAAUGAGUCUUUCCCCCCUCAGCAUAUCCAUAACUUCCCAAGGCAGACCUGCCAUUACCCCCAGUGGGCCCAGUCCCUCGCUCACACAACUCCCAUUGACUCCCUGAGUUCAAGAUGAGCCCAUUGCAUGCAAGUCAGGGAGAUCUGCCUGUGUGUUCGUUAAAGGUCCAGUUAAGGACCAAAAGGACCUGCUACUUGCUGGGGGAAGUGUAGUCCCCUAGCAAAUAAAAAGUCCCCCUGCAACAUGCAUGGUGUAUGAAUCCUGGAUUCAUGUCAAGUGAAAUUCAGUCCCUGCAGAGCCCACACAAAGACUAGGUCACUAGGGGCUCUGUGAGACUGAAGUGGUGCGAAGACUGUCCUGCUCUUUGGACUGGGGCGAGUACCACCCAUUAGACCCUUACGCGGUCAGAAGUACGUCUGGCUAUCUUUUUUUAAAUUUUUUUAGAUGCUGAAGUAUCCGCUCUCUGGAACACCAUUUCUUAAUCUGCCCCAGUUAAAUCAAAGCAAUGACCGGUUUCAAAGUGGAGGGCUAACUGCUGAGAGAAAGACAAGUGAAGAUAGCACUUGGGUUAGUGCAUCUCGGCUGUCAUGGAAAAUGAGCAUACAUGCUCUCUGGGUAGCACUGCAGAACGCAAAAGCCCUGUGUCUAUUGCCGGAUCCUCAGCCAUUUUCUUUAUGCGUCAAUCUGCUUGCUGUGGCCACUGCUUAAGUCCACACCUGUGACAAGCACUUGGCAUGUUUGAUUUUAUUCCUUUUCUUUGUUUGUUUUCGUUUUGCAAAUAGUGACUUUUUGGAAAUUUUGUCAGUUGCAAAAGCCUUCUUAUUUCCUUUCUCUGUCCAGUACGCUGUUACAUUUUCCUGUACAUAAAGUAUAUAUAAAUAUAUAUACAUAUCUAUCUAUAUGUAUGUAUAGAGAUAUAUACAUACAUAUAUAACAAACUCUAAAUCCUGUACAGUUUCAAACCGAACUUGAUGGCCUGCUUUGUUUUCUGUAUGUUAGUUAUGACUGUUGCAGAAUGAGCUGAGAUAAAGAGUUUUAAUUUUUUGUUUCCCUCUUUUGUUUUGUUUGGUUUUUAUAAAUAUAUAUAAAUAUAUAUAUUUUGUUGUUGUUGUUGCAAAAUUCUCGUCACUGGAAGAGAACAAUUUGAUUCUGGUGCAAAAAAAAAAAAGCUUAACUGAAAAGGCACGCUGGAUCUCACUGAUGUAAAUUUGUACAGGAACAUUUAUAAAGUUUUCUACACUUUAAGAAAGUAUUUAUAAUUUCAGCUGUCUGAGUGCGAAUCUCUGUGAACUGCAGAACCGGUUAGCCAUUUGUUCCUGUGUUUUUUUUUGUGUGCAGUGUUUGGUGAGGUAACAGUGUAUGAAUUAUUUAUGCCAAUAAAGACUUUGAAAACUAUU